AUGUUACUUAUUUGUGCAUGUUUUGGCUUUUUUUUUGCUAUUACACCUGCCAUUCCUUUUAUGCUUUUAAAUCGACGAAUUUAUUUCCGUUGGUGUUCUUUUGCUUUCGGUUAUUUUCUAUUAAUGUUAACAUGUCUUAUGGAAGAUUUACUUAAUAUUAGAAUAGUUAUUACUGGUGAUGAUUUAAUAAAUGAUAAAAAACGUUCAUUAAUUAUUUUAAAUCAUCGAACACGACUAGAUUGGAUGUUUAUAUGGAUGUGUCAUAGUCGAUAUGAAAUUCUUAAUCAACUUAAAAUUGUUUUGAAAGCUCAACUUAAACAUAUACCUUGUUUUGGUUGGAGUUGUCAACAUGCUGGUUACCUUUUUCUUGAACGUGUUUGGACACAAGAUCAACAAACAAUGAAAAGUAUGAUGAGUUAUUAUAAAUCAUGUCAAGCACCAAUAUCAGUACGUAUUCUGAAAGAAUUUUUUGAUAGUCAAAAAGAUAAAAUAAGAAAUAUAUUCAAUCUAUAUAGAAUAAGUAUUCCUCAUACAUAUGCAUACGAUAAUAAUGAAACACCAUAUGAUUAUUGUCUCCAUCCACGUACUACAGGAUUUACAUACUUACUUAAUACAAUGCGAUCAGAUGAUAUAAUUGAUAAUGUUGAUGAUGUAACAAUUGGUUAUGAAGGAAAUUUUCCUGUAACAGAAUUUGAUUUACUAAAAGGUGUUAUUCCAAAAGUAAUUCAUUUUCAUGUUAAACGUUUUUCUAUUAAUGAUUUACCGCAAGAAGAUGAAAAAAUUAAUCAAUGGUUACAAAAUUGUUGGAAUGAAAAAGAAAAUCGAUUAAAAGAAUUUUAUACUAAAAAUCAAUUUGAUUCAACAUCAAAAAGAUUUAACAAUCAACAAAUUGAAUCUCAUGUACGAUUUCAACGUCGUUUAUCACUUAUUUUAUGGAUCUUAUUUAUUUUAUUUUGGUCAUACUGUCUCAUUGCUUAUAUUAAAAUAAAAUUAUACGUGUUACUUGUUUGUUUAUUUCAUGUGGUAAUCGAAUCAUUUGCUAAUGGUAUUAUUGAUUUUGUUUUUCAACUCGAUGAAAAUUAUCGACAAAAACAACGAGCUAUCAAACAAGAUUAA